CCUCGCAACAUUUUCGAUCUCGAACAGCAGACGCUGCAACUUUGACAAUGGCGACCUCAUCAACUGUGCCUACGAAGGAUGAUAUUCUCGUUCCCGAGACGCUUCUGAAGAAGAGGAAAUCACAGGAGAGGGCUCGCGAGGAGCGCGCUGUGGCCACAAAGGAGAAGCGAGAAAAGAGCAAGAAGAAGCGGGAAGUGAUUUUCACCCGAGCCGAGAAGUAUGUGAAGGAAUACCGCGACGCUGAGAAGGAGAAAGUCCGCCUGUCCCGCGAGGCAAAGAAGAACGACAGCUUCUUCGUACCAGAGGAGCCCAAGCUCGUGUUCGUUGUACGCAUCAAGGGUAUCAACAAAAUCGACCCGAAGAAACGCAAGACCCUGCAGCUGCUUCGUCUUCUCCAGAUCAACAAUGGUGUCUUUGUCAAGCUUUCCAAGGCCACCAUGGAGAUGCUGAAGAUCGUUGAACCAUUUGUUGCUUACGGUUACCCCAACCAGAAGUCCGUCCGUGAGCUCAUCUACAAGCGCGGUUACGGUAAAGUCGACAAGCAACGCAUCCCGCUUACAGACAACGAAAUCAUUGAGGAGCAGCUCGGCAAAUACGGCAUGAUCUGUAUGGAAGAUCUCAUCCACGAGAUCUACACCGUUGGUCCCAACUUCAAACAGGCUUCCAACUUCUUGUGGCCUUUCAAGCUCAACAGCCCGACCGGCGGCUUCCACAAGCGGAAAUUCAAGCACUUCAUCGAAGGCGGUGACCUGGGUAACCGUGAAGAUCUGAUCAACAACUUGAUCCGACAAAUGAACUAAAUGCGACUUGUACAAAGUAACAGUGUCUUUGGGAUUGGGAAUGUUUUGAGCAUGAAUAUCUUUCGGGAAUACCCCACGGUUGCAUUUGCAUGGCGUUUGGCUUCUUUGGUGGGAUUCAAUCUCGCGCCUAACGUGGGAACGACUUGAAAUUGAUUACCAAAUCAAUGAAAUGAUUGCGCCGCUUAACAGUGGCAACAACUAC